GCAUGGUCGCUUGGACCAAGGAAAAGGGAUUAGACGAGGAAACAUAGUGGGUACUUUUUUAUCAAAAUGAAUGUUUUAAGAACUUGCAAACUGUUGUCCAGACUCGGACAGUCAACGCAAAUAGUCCAACAGGGGCUGAUUGGCAGUUUGAUAAGGCUUCAGUCAACACAGUCAGAAAGUUUGAGCUUAAAGGAGACAAUGUAUCGCGUGGUUCCAGAGAAACAGAAAGAAGUUGCAGAAUUCCGUAAAGAGUAUGGUGAUAAAUCUUUAGGAGAGUACACGGUUGACCAGGUAUAUUUCACACAUAGCGCAUAUUGUGUCACGAUUUCGACAAUUGCGUCACAUUUUCUCUGUGAUUUUUGUCACGUUGUUACCUUAAGGUUUAAGAUUUUAAUGGUAAAAUAUUUUUAUUUUCUGGCCAACUAUCGCCUGUAAGCUAUCGCAUCUUUUUUCCUUCAUUGUUUGACUGUCCUUGUGUACCGGUAACGUAAAUAAGCUUAUAUAGCGAAAUACAAUUGAUUGAAUUAAUAAUUAGCAAUCGUGUCAGACACGGAAGCGAGAGAAUAUUGUACAGUGUUUGAACCUUAAACAAUAACUCGCACAGAACCCCAAAAGCUUCAGCAAUGUUUCAAGAAUACAAUAAUUAUUGUUUUAAUUAGUGGCAAGCAUUAUUGUUAUCCUUUUAGAAUUUUAAGCUGAUACAGUCAACUCUCUGCUAAUGGACACUCUUGUAAGCGGACAGCUCUACUUACGGACACAGUUUACAAUUCCCCUUUUUACCUCCCAGUCAAACUCUUUACUUACACAUUUUCGUAAGUAGACACUCUCGUAAGCGGACAAAGACACUUUUGAAAAUGAAAAAUUGGAGUUUUCUUUCGUUUACGCUCUCUCAUAAGCGGACACCCCAUGUAUAAUAAUUGACACUUGGCAAUAAAAUUUGGCUUUACCGGUAAUUUGCAAUUAAUCAACAAAUAUACUGCAUGACCCCCACAAGAACUGUCCAUUUGUUUGAAAAAUCAAGGGGUCUGACGAGUAACAUUUGUGUCGUCACAUUUAUUUUAUGGCCACAUUCUGUUUUCAAUCACUGAGGGUACUGAGUGCUGUAUCCCAGAUAAUCAAGCUUGGACUUGGAUAAGCAAGCUCGAGCCAUGGUAACAAUAUAACUAGGGGUGUAACGAUUUAUAUUCCUUGCGAUUCGAUUCAAUUUUGAUUAUUACCUCUUGAUUUCGAUUAUUUCAAUUUGAUUAUGCAAAACAUUAAUUUUUUUUUAAUUCUUAUAACAUGAUAC